UAGACACGCUUCGAAACAUUAUGUUCAAGAAAUGUUUUUCAUAGACUUUUUUAUGUAACAAAUACAUACGUAAUUGCUGUCUACUUAAUCUGCAAAGUGUGAACAAUUAAAAGGUAACGACCCAACACUAGUUUGGUGGGAGAAAUCCAAGAUGUCUGCAAGCUGAGGGCAAAACAAAAAUCGAAUGUUGUCAAGUGCUGACAAUGUUCAUUAUAUAUGUUUUAUACACUCGUAUUUUACCUGAUUGUUCGUAGUUUUUAAUACAAUUAUAAAAAAACUAAAACUAUGUCGGAGCAACUAUCCGGAGUCACUAUUGUCAUAUUUAUCGCGGCGGGCGUGCAGACUAUUAUAUUAUUGUUUAUUUUUGCUAAAAGACAAAUAAUGCGUUUUGCGCUUCGUUCUCGACGAGGUCCUCACGUUCCAAUCGGCCACGAUGCCAAAAAGUCCCUGAAAAAGGAAAUUGAGAGGCGUAUUGAAGUGAUUCCUAAAAUUCAGCAUGAGCCGCAAUUAAUUAGUGAUCCGAGAUAUAUAAUGGCUCCUGGGAGUCAAGUUCCUCCCCAUUAUUACAGAUUGAAAGCAGUCGACGAGAUUAAAACAUUAGAAGCAGAGAUUACUCGAUAUGACAACGGUCUGAAAAGACAUCCGACGGAAAACUUGAGAGCAUAUUUACUCUCAACAUUGGCUGCUCCUUUAAACGGAACUGGUCAGAGAUUGGUUCAUCAAUUCUGUGAUCUUUACGAACAAGCUCGCCACGAUCCGACAGAAUUUGGAGACGAGGAGUAUCAAGUCUACACGCGUUUGCUGAUGAAACUCACUGAUGCAGCAAGGCUUCUAAAAUCUUACCCAAGCAGCAGAAAAUCAAGUCCAAGUCGAACCCCGAUAAAGAAGAACACAGACGUCAAAAGAAGCGCCCUCGAGCCACGAUUGCGACCCCCUGAGGAACAGAUUUUGAGUGGAUCAAGGCCCAAUACCUUAACAGUCUUGACCUUAGAAAAUAAUGAAACAUCCGUCUAGCAUUGUGAUUCGCGUCACAUUUCGUGUGUGAGGAACGAAAACUAUUUCUCUAAACUGUGACUAUAAGUAACAAUUGACAAUGAGUACUCAUUGAAGUUACAUUUGUGUAUGAAACACAAAAGACCAACGUAAGAAGCUUGUACAUUGGAAGAAAAUACAAGAAGCUAAUUUGAAAAGAAUGUUUCAUGAAGCAAGAAAUAAUAUAUUGUGCUAAAGGUGCGGAAAGAAGGCAGUUCCAUAUGAGAUUGAAGUUUUCUGUAAGAGCCAGAGGCGAAUCGAACUGGAGUUGUAGGCAAGUCGGAAGCGAGUUGGAGACGAGCCGAAGAUAAGCCAAAAAUGACCCGAAGAUGAGUCGAUGUUAUGAUACAAAAUAGAAUAUUGUGCUACAAGUGCCGAAAGUAGGCAUUUCGAGACGAGCGUAAAGUUUCUUUACAAAAGUUGGAAUUACCUACUUUAUCAUCUGUUGUACACAAUAUUUUUUGUAACAAAUGCAUGGAAUUUUUGACAGUAUUAUGUGACGAGGGAGGUAAGUUAUCUUUACUUAUGAGUGUGAAGUUUGCUGUACGUGGUGCAGGCACACCUGCACCGCGCAGCGAACUUCCACGAGUGGGUGAAGACCAAUUCCUCCCGGGUAGCGCACGAUACUUUAUUUACCAUAGAUAUGAAAAUAUCUAUGGAGUGAGACUAAAUUUGUUUGCGACCCGCGAAUGUCAAAACAAUUUUUACGCAUGCGCGUCAAUCCGUAUUACUGAUAGUACAUCACUAGUUACCCAUUUAGUCCUUCGGAUGGCGCUGAUUCUUUUGGAACCGCAUGUCUCCUUAGCGGAACGAAAGUUUUUGAUCGUGCAUAUAUUAAUAUUGUAUUAAUGUUCCACAAUUUUCCGGGUAUAAAAGAGUUGAUUGGUGUGCAUAGACUGAUGUUAAAAGAAAAAGAAAGGACAAUUUAAUACCUUUCAUUGCAAUUGCAUUUUCGUCCGAAAAAUAAUUAAAUCGCAUUGACUGGCAUUGAUCCUAUUCAAUGUUUUGUCAUCAGCAUUAACCCCUUUACUGUAUAGACCGAAAAUCACAAAGUGCCCAGGCGAAAGUAUCGGAUAGGAAUUUUUUCCGAAUCAUUCCGGAAUCUAUAUCUGAACCUAUCCGAAAAAGUCCUACAUUUCGGUAAAAAUCAAUGUGGUUCAAUCUGAACUUCCAAUCCGAACUCGCAUUGACAUCUACUGAUGUCAAUUUAGAUUGAAAAUUUAAAUCGGAUUCAUUUUUGGCUGAUUUGGAUGGAACGAAAUGUAGAAAUGUUUUCGAAUUGGCUCGUAAGGAAUUCCCAUCCGAUACUUUUGUCAGGAUUGGUAUUAAGGGGUUAUUUAGGUCGUUGAAUCGAAUUCGAGGUCCAAUUUCAAAAGGGCUGAUCCAAUAUGGCGAUCAAAAUUUUGGAAAACUCCAAUGAGUUGACGGAUUUGAAUCAAAAUUUGUAUUAGGGGCAUAUUUGGCUCGCUAUAUAUAUAUGAAUUCAUGGUAAAAAUUCGAAAUUGCUGGUCCAAUAUUUCGAUCCACGAUAUUGGUUGCGCGGUUUUCAAUUUUAGAAUUCUGAUGCCAGAUUCGGAUUCAGAGACACCAAAAAAUUGUAAUACGCCAAGUUUCAUGAAAAUCCUCCGAUUUCGCGUAAUAUCGAUUAGCCAUAUUGAAUCUGUCAUUUCUAAUGAUUCAAAGGCACAAAAAACCGUUUUCUACCAACUUUUAUGAUAAUUGAAACAUUAUAAAUCUAUCUAUUUUGCAUGAGGCAUAUUAUAUUUAAUUUCCGUUUUUUAAACUUUUAGUCUACAUCGAGAAACAACAUCCCACUCUUUAUUGAUUACGAAUAAACUAGAACCAGAAAUGCGAA